GCGAUGGUAUUGACAAAUUUCGAGUGCUGGGCACAUGGUGAUUCUGCGCCUGUCCAUUUCGAAAGUGGACCGUCGCCGCGCCAUUCACCAGUGGUGGAUCCCUUCAACGCACGUGUCGUCUCACACAUUGCUACCGCAUCGAACGGCUACUAUGGCUAUGCGAUUGUAAACAAUGCAGUUGCCGCUUCGGACGACAACAACAACAGCUGCAACAACAACAACAUACAGGCAAUGCAAAUGCAAGUGAACGACAACAUUGGGGAUGACAGUACGCAAGCCGCUGACGCUGCCGCAACAGCACGCUGCAAGAAGCGCUGCUUUGCAAUGGGACACGAAAAGUUGGACAUGGAGAUGGACAACUUGACGGCCGUCAAGCGAUGCCGUUUUGAUGAUGCCGAUCUGGUCGCACAGUAUUGCAACGAUUUCUUUUCGAUGCCCGCCACACAAAUGAUUGGCACGCAGGCCUGCCUAAUGGACUACGAUAAUGAUGUGCAACAACAGCAGCAACUGCAGCAGCACCAGCAACAGCAUGAACAGACGCAACAGCAGCAGCAGCAUCAACAUCAACAGUCAACGCAGCAGCAGCAGCAGUUGUUGCAUCCACGCAUCCAUCAACAUUAUCAAGACGGCCAACGACAACCUAAACAGCCACAACAACCUGAAAAAUUAUGCAAUACCUUAGAGUCCCUAAAUGAUAUACUAGAGGCUAAAUGUGAAUCCAAAUUGAAAGAUGAGGCAGCCGAUCUGUUUAUAGCCACACAUGGCGGUUGUCUUUAUCACUACAAUGAUGCGGCCGAAGAGUUUGAGAUCUAACACAUUAAUUGUCGUACGAAGCACUAUAUAUGUAUUUAUACAUAGAACCUUAACUAACCAUAAUGCAUUGUAUAACGUAGUCUAAGUAGAUAGUAAGACUUUGAACAUAACACUAAAUGAAUUUUUAUGCAAGUCCCAAAUACAAAAGGUGCUUAAAUUUACUUAAGUGAAGUGUAAUAAAAGAGUUAAGCCCCUAAACAAAUAUAUAAUUGAAUGUGAAA